AGUUUUUGUUACCAUCAGGGGCAUCAGGUCUGAGCCCUGAUCCAGCCCCAACCAAUAUCCGGCGCGGCGGUAUUUUCUCUCAAUUUAGAGCUUUUUUUCUCUCACUUCGCCAAAAAUUCCAGUUAAAUAUAUAUGAGAAUGUUUUUUUUUUUAAAUCAGUCGCCCCGCUUUUCAAGGUUAUAAUGAUAUGUAAUAUUAAAUUCCAACUCAAGCCUUUUGUUCCAGUUCCCAAGGAAAUUCGCGUUUGGUUGCUGAAAGUUGCGCAAUUUUUACGCUACCACGAAAUUAAUGUUAUUACUUAGGUCUCGGGCUUCUGGUUGCUCCGUUUUACACUUUUGAUGCGACCAAUGCACUCGAAUUUUGGAAAACGUGAUCGCUCAACUGCAUCACCGUAUUAUUACUAGGGCUACCACUCUCCGGGUUUCGACCGGAGAUCUCCGGGUUUGGGACUGAAAACUUUAACACGGGGAGUAAAGGGAUCUCCGGGUUUGGGACUGCAAAUUUAACACGGGGAGUAUAGGGAUCUCCGGGUUUUCGAGUCCAAAAUCUCCGGGUUUUAGCUUUGGAAGUCUGGCACUCCUAAUUAUUACUCAGAAAAUUGUGCCUGUAGACUAAAAACAUUCUUGUAUUAUUUUGUGCUUUACUUUUACGUCUGCAUUUCACCAUCCGUUUUUAAGAAACUUGUGUGCGUUUUUUUUAAAGAGUGAGACAACCUACACCAUGAAAGAUAUAACCUGUCAAUAUAUGUCUGUAUGUAAAUGAGGGGAGUAGGGGACAAGCGUAUAAAUAAAGCGCGCCUGCUCAUAUUCUUUAUCAUUCUGAUUCUGAGUUUGCUACCUGGCCGCUCUAGUUAGCCGGCCAGAGCAGGAGCGAUACAGCUCAGUUAGUUAGUGUUUUAUUCCUCAAGCCCUAAAACCUAACUCGCUAUCGGCAAGGGAGAAACCGACCUGCGGUUUCCCCUGUACAGCCCGGCUGUUAGUCAUACCGUUCUUCCGGUUGACGCUGAUUGCGAGUGAAGUCCCUGCUUACUUUAAUCCGCGCGACCGGUCGACUUUCCCAAGUCGUCGUCGGAGUGCUCGUCACGUUAGCUUUAUUUUAGUAUUUUGAACCUAAAUUCCCCUAGACUAACCGGUAGGCCGCUUCAAGAGGCGCGACGAAGAAGGGUCUCAGUGAGCAAAAAAGCGCGUUUUGAGAUAAACGAGCCUUUUGUACAGCCAAAGCGUUGGUGGUUUCUUAGUAUUUCAAACCUGCUGAUCAUGCAGGUUAAAAAUGCAACCGGAUCGGGGAGCUUUUUUCACUACUCUAAUUUCUCAUCACACUCAUAUUUAUAGACAUCUCAGCCAGCCGAGGCAGAGAGCGCAGCCGGCUCACAAUCAGCCGAUUCUUUUCUCGAGCCGAAAUUUUUUACCGGUUCAUCAGCCAUUCCCAGCCAGAAAUUGGAUAUCCUUCAGGUUAUUCAAAAGAUAUCCAUGGAUAUCCGGAUAAUAUAUACCAUAUUUCAUUUGGGCCGCGCCAGCCAGUCAGCCACCCAUAAUUUUUUUCUGUAUCAUUUUUUAAUUUUCACGUGCCCUAAAUUAAAUUUUUUCGUGCCGUUCUAUUUCAUGACUAUUUUUCUGAAGUAGUUCGAUUACGGUGUUUUUCGUGUUAGUUAGAUAAGUUUUUUUUCUGAGUCGAUAUAUAUUUAUAGUGUUGACUGUUGACUCAUUAAAAUAUGUCAAAUUAAUCUAAUUACAGCUACGAGUAUAUAUGCUUAUUUAUAUACUACUCUUGUACAAAAUCACAGAAAAAAAUCUGCUAAUUGUAAGCCAUUAAAUUGGUACUUCAUCACAAGUCUUUUGGAUAAUUUUUAGAAAUACUUCGUCGUUUUCUAUCGUUUUUAUUUCCACCGGUAUAAGGCGUUGAAAAGUCUCGGGAUCAUUACAGCUGGACUUUGGGUAACGAGUGCAAAGAGCACGUCGCCACAAAAAGAUCAUUGGGGGUCUGCGGUGUUUAACUGUAUGACGCGUAUUGGGCCCUUUUUUGGGCUUAUCCCUGCCAAGGUAAAUUUUGUUCUACUUUUGACCAGAUAUUUCAUAUCCAUUCUAGUAUGCAAAAUAAUGAAUAGACCGUCAUAAUCUCGAAUUUCUUGAAUGAUGGUCGGCAUGAGUCGAGGGCGGCGUUUUUCCUCCAGUAUCUCACACCGGCCAUUAAUACCCUACAUUUCCUUUUAGUGCAACAAAUACAUGCUUUAAGAAUGGUGAUCCACCCCAUAUGACUAUCGAGUAAAGUAUAUGACUCUAUGGGCAUAGGCGAAAUACUUGCCGUAGCACGUCUGUCGUUAUACUUUGUCUCGUAGAAUAAUAAAUAUUUAUGUUACGCUUCGCAACUUUUGUUAUUCGCUUCGCCACUUUUGUUACGAUGCUUCGUUCCAAAGUUUGUAACUUUAUAAUAUGUAACACAUACACCGACGGAAUUUUGCCAGCCAGCCGUCGACGUCUGUAUUCAUGACGGUUUAGAGCCGGAAAGUCAGCAAAAUGUGGGUGGCUCAGAUGUCUACACUCAUUGGAUUCCAUUGCAAAGACGCAUUCAACGUAUUUUCAGCAUCAUUUGCUUUCUGCUCAUUGUCAGAUUUAUUCCGUUAAGAUUGUUGAGUAUUUUAAAUGUGGUACAUUGUUAGCUAAUUACCCGCAAAAUAAAAAAUAAUUGCAAACAGCACAGUUAUUCUUAUAUUUCUUUUUAAGUUUAAAAAACAAACAAAUAUAAGCUAAACUUCAUGAAUUAAUAAUUUUAUCAAUCGCAAUGAUGCGUGCAACAUUAUGCCUACAACAAGGAUUUUCCAAGCUUUUGCAGUAUCAACCCUCUUUAAAAAAAUAAUAAUAUUAAUUUCAUCAGUAAAAUAGCGCUCCAUAUCUCUAGCUUCUCAGUUUGUCUUGUAAAUUUCGCAAUGCAUGCAACCAGCAGUGUUGAAUUGCCACGUGUCUUGUGCGCAUCGAGCAUUGUUUUGCGAGUUGCAGCAGAGCUCACAAUUUUUCAACUCGCGCGGAAUGAAGAAAAACGCAGUGAUCAUUAGCAUGAACACACUGCCCAGAUCUGCGUGUGUUUAUUUAAGCAAGUACGAAUCACUCUCGCUUUUUCCAGCUCAUCGUCUCUUUUAUGAUGACCUUCUGAGAGAGAAAGAGAGGGAUUGACAGAUGACACGUGCGCUCAACGCCGUUGUUGUAUGUUGUUUCUUACACUCUGCGCAACAAACAGGCUGGAUGGCUUGGCUCUGGGCUGGUGUCUCAUUGCCGAAAGUUUGCGAAGAUAGCAGCUGGGAAAGGAAACGCAUAGCUGCAUAACCCUCUUUUACUGGUGCGUGCUGCGUGGGCCAAUGGGACCUACCCCCUCCCCCCUUGGUGGGUGGCGUGACUCUUAUAUAGAAUGGAGACUUCGCGUUCGCACGCUUGAAGCAGAGUUAACACUACACAGCAGAAAGUGGACUGGAUAUGGACGAGGGCUGACGCACUGAGGCAGGAAAAUUAAAAAUGUUUGACCAGUCUGAGAGUGAGCGAUAUCCUAACACUGACGACUGAAGUGCAGAUAAAGCCUCAACAUGGUCCUGACCAGCACGUUCAGAAUUGUGCAGCAAAGAAGGCGAAGACAGCUAGGACCAAUCUCUUUGAGAGACCAGUGCAUCCGAAUCGUUCUGAACAAUAAAGCCUUCUAUGUCAACUAUCACAUUACAAAUGGCAUCAACCCUUUUGCAGAAUUACCUGACUGUUUGAUAAAUGAACUUCGAGAAAAAGAAAUCGGAAACAUCUACACUUCUGAAUAUGAACUGCAGCAUCUCUUCAUCAAUCCUAGAAUGAAAAGUAUAGAGAUAGCUUCGAAGCUUGACUCUCCCAGCUUCAAAAAGAUAUGGGAUGCAUUAAAUGAUAAUAAACCACCUUUGGAAAUCUUCAUUUGGGAGCGAUGGCCCAUUCUGUUUGACCAACGUGUAACCUUUGAUGCUGUGAUGUCGUAUGGAGGUCUCAAAAUCCUUUCGCUAACCCAAUAUCCACAGAACGAUGGUCAUUUAGAAGAAAUUGCAUCAAAGCUAAAGUCUCUAAGGGUUCUCAAAAUAGGACUAGAAGAGAGAAAUGUCACCAUGAGAGGUCUGACGGCGCUUUCAAAACUUGAAAAUCUGCAAGAUUUUCAGUUCAAUGAAUACGAUCGUGAGCCAAAUGAUCAUCCAGUGUACCAAGAGAUCUUCAACCAGUGCCUGCAUCUGAUGCCAAAACUUCACACCAUUGGUACUUCUGUAUUCAUUGCCAUAAAUCAUGUUCUAGGUUACCCCAUUGACCGACCCAUCAGCUCAAUUCUUGAAUUGAACCUGAAGCAAAUAUUGCUGAAAAACUGUGGCACAAUCCCUCCAAACAUUCGCUUGCCACAAUUGAAGGAACUGUAUCUCAUGCACCCGAUUGAGAACAUAAAUGCUGAUGAGCGAUUCUCAAACGUAACUGUGCUUGGAAUGUACAAGAUCAGCCUUAGAUCUAUGUUUCGGGCUAUACAAUUGAUUGGAAAAAAUAUUGAAAAGCUCGUCAUCUCUCAUAUUGUGGAGAGUAUUAAUUUGGGUGAGGUGUUCCGAUCGUGUCCAAAUCUGAAGGAAUUUGAAAUGCCUGAGAGCCCUGCGAAGUUUAUCAUGACGGGCCCGUUUCUUCCUUUUGUUCAACAAUUAGAAAACUUGAGCAUCGAUUUGGUAAGUCCCCACAAAUCUAGUUUUCCUAAAGGCAUGUUGGCCUACCUGCUGAAAGCCCCAGCCCUGAAAAAAGUUGCGUUUAACUGCUUGUAUGUGACGCAAGAAGAGACAAACUCGAUUGUCAAAGGUUUGGAACGUGGAACCAUGCUGCAAAACCUUGAGUCUUUUCAGUACUUCAAUUACACUGCUUGUGACAAUGAUGAUCCAAGCAACUUAACUGCUGCUGAGAAUGUUUCUGACGAAGAAUUUUUCAAUCCGGUUUUGAGAGGCCGAUUUGAUGUGUUGUUUAAAAAACUAGCUUUGCACUGCCCGGAAUUCGUGAAUCUAGUUGAAAACAACUAAUAGGUCUUUUAAGCGAUGUAAUUUUAUACUUAAUGGGCUUCAUCAGAGUUUUGUCCAAAAGUUAGCAAACUGACUGAAACUACUAAAAUAACUGGUGAACAUAUCGAACAUAUAAUACUUGGACAACAGGUAUAUUAUAUAGGUCUCCCUCUCGAAAUCUACUAUUGUAAUAUAUUUUAUGGUCCUUAUUUUAAUGCAUAUAAUUAAGAGGUCUCAAAGAGCCGAUCAUACAGAUAAAAAUAAUUAAUUAUUUUAAAAAAUUUCCUCACAAUGUAAUUGUUAAAGAUAUAGUUCAUCUCUAAAGACAAAGCAGCUUUUAGUUUUGCACCACCAACAUGAUCUAGACGAUUUUUGUCUGAUUAUGCGAUAGUUUUGUAUGUGAUUUAUGUUUUUCACCUUAAAAAGGUAUUUAUACUUAACGUAUCUUAUAAGAGCCUACCUUUGUCAAUAUUCCACUUAACAAAUAAAAUAAAGGAAUAUCUGAAUUGUCAUAUUGGUGUAAUAUAAAAAAUAAUAUAUUGCCUCGCAAAGUUACGUUCGAAUAUAAAUAUGCCUAAAAUAACAGGUAAUAAAUGCAAAUUUUUUACUAGACAAGUUCUUAAUUUAACUCAACAACAUGUAUCCAGCAAAUUGAUAUAUAUGUUACUGAAUUGGUUUGACAAAUUUGGGUUCAUCAUUUCAAAGCAUUUUUGCUUUACAUUGAAAAUCAGGGCAAUUUUUUUUUUAAUUUUUAUUAAAAUGCAUAAAUAUUAUACUAUAUAUGAGUGAACUUUUCUGCAUUAUCUUUAAUGUUUUUUUUUACUUUUUGUGUUAUGAUUUGACUGAUUUGUAAAUUGCCAGAUUGUGAUAAAGGAACUUUAAUUUCUGUUUACUGAUGUACAAAACAAAAAUAAAUAAUUUAAUCUAA